AUGUCCAGAAGCCCAGCAUCACGGUCCGAAGUACCAUCAACAUUCUGUCAACCAAAAUCAGCCAACUCCCACCGUCGACCACAAACAAUAAAACCAACAAAAAUGGCCCAACUCGGCCUCCCCCCAAACUCCCGCCCAACAUCCUCCUACUCAUCCAACCUCAACCUCUACUCCCCCCCGUCCCCCAAAUCCCAACUCCCCAGCCGCCGCUCCUCGCUCUCCUCCUCGGCCACCGACGACUUAGAAAACUCCUCCUCCCUUCCCUUCCCCGCCGCCCUCUCCCGUCGCGACUUUCUCGCUCCCGACUUCGACCCCGCAAGCUACCUCUCCACCCUUCACACCGGUGGCCCAGCCUCUCGGCAUCAAACCCUCGAGGACCUGCGCUCUGAACUCCGCGAUCGAAGCUCUGCUAUCAGCGCCGAACUGCUUGAACUGGUCAACUCGAAUUACACGGCCUUUCUCGGGCUAGGGGAUGAGCUCAAGGGCGGGGAGGAGCGCGUCGAGGAUGUGAGAGUAGCACUCUUAGGUUUCCGAAGAGCGGUAGAGGAGGUUCAGUCUAGGGUUAGGGAGCGGAGGGUGGAAGUAGGGGGGCUGAAUCAGGAGUUGAGGGAUGUCAAGGGGGCGGUGGAGACGGGCAGGAAGAUGCUCGAGUUGGAUGAGAGGGUGAGCGGAUUGGAGAAGCGAUUGGCGGUAGGAGGGACGGGGCAGCAGCAGCAGAAAAGGGAUGGAGAUAGCAGUGAUGAGGAGAAUUGGGAUGAUGACGACGAGAUUUUUGGGAGCGAUGAUGAGCAGACUCAGGACGAAGACGGUGUGGAGUUUGUCAGUAGCAGGCCGGCGAAGCUAGCUGCUUUGGCGAGGGAGUGUGUGUAUGUGGAUGGACUGGCCGAGGCCAUUGGUAGGGAUCUUCUGUUUGUGAAGAAGACUGACGAGAGGAUAUUUCGGUGUCGGAACACGAUACUGCUCGACUUAAGCACAGCCGUAAGAGAAGCACGGAAAGCUGGAGUCAAAGGUCAGGGGCGUGUUAUUAAACUGUUGGCGAUUUACGGGGCCUUGGAUGCGCAGGCGGAGGCUGUGAAGGUCCUGAGAGAGAAAUGA